AUGAACAUUGGAGCUUCAAAUAUCCCUCCCUUUAGUUCACAACAAUCUGAGGCUCCAAGUCCCCAAGAAGACACACCAGCCCAGCGUAGGGAGAGAAGAAAAUGGAGCCCUGCCGAUGACGAGGUUCUAAUAAGUGCCUGGUUAAACACUUCUAAGGAUACUAUAGUUGGUAAUGACCAAAAGGGAGGGACUUUCUGGGAGCGCGUUGGAGAAUACUUUGCAGAAACUCCGCAUGCUAAAGCGAGUGGUGACAGGAGGAUGCAUCUCAACUGUAAGCAGAGGUGGCACAAGAUCAAUGAUCUCACAAACAAAUUUUGUGGGGCCUUUGCAGCUGCCGAGAGACAACAGAGUAGUGGUCAGGGUGAGAAUGAUGUUCUGAAGGCCGCUCAUGAUAUUUUCUAUAGUGAUUACAACAUUAAAUUUAACCUUGAGCACGCAUGGUGUGUGUUGAGUGUCAAUGUCGAUGAUCAUCAGAUACGGCCUGAAGGGAUCAAGGCUGCAAAAGCAAGAAGGAAUAAUGGUUCAGGGAAGGCUCUCGAUGAUUAUAAGACCAUUUGGGAGAUCAAGAAGGAGGAUUUGGCUAUGAAGGAAAAACUGUCAAAGCUGGCUAUACUAGACACUCUCCUUUCGAAAAAAGAACCUCUAACUGAGUUUGAAGAUGUUGUGAAGAACAAACUACUCCAGUAUUUCUGA